AUGCGAAAGAGAAAUAAUCACUCUAGCGCAAGCUAAUAUUUCAUGAAAGAUUCAAAUUCAUACAUUAAGACUCUAAAAUCUUUGAGUCCACUAAUCCUGGCCUCAUUCUUAGUCUUUUAAUAUUUCUCUGGUGUCAAUGGAGCUUCUUUCGCUGGAGGAGUUGAAACCAUGUUUUGGGGAAGCUCAAUGCCCGAAGCCCCUUAAAGUUUACAAAUUUUGGUAAAUAACUCUAGAUUUGAUUUCUAAUCCUCUCUUAAAUACAAAUCUUAAGGUGACGCUUUCAGUUCUCAGACUGUGUCUGGCAAAUUACAAUACACUCUUCCAUCACCAAAUGAUAUAUUCGGUGUUUCAUUUAAUUCUCUCUAGCCUUAUGAAAGUCUCACUUUCGAUUUAGGUCUGAUGGAUACUACAGCUGACAAUGCUCUUGAUAAAUAUUAUCUAUGCUCAUCAACAGGCCUAUCAGCAUGUAGAGUUACGAUGAGUAGAGCCUUCACACCUUUCUUGUAUUAUUUGAGCCCUAGAGUCAUCUAUGAUGGAGCAAGUGUAGCGUUCUUUGUAGACCCUAGAUCAGCAUAGAACUACAAAACAAGUAAUGAGUUAUUCUACUCUGAAGCCAAAAUCGAUGGUAGAUCAGUCUACUUUGAGUGGAUUGAUGAAAGUGUAGUGCUUUCUGCCUACACGAAGAACUAAGUUAGAGGUAUUGCCAAGUAAAAUAAGCCCAUAGCCUCUGCUGAUGUUAAUUUUAAAUUCAAGGCUGGUAAUUGCCAAUAAGAUGAGGGACUCAUUUAUAAAUGUGAUAUUGACAACACAAAUUGCUAUAAGGCGAAAGUUGUACCAGUUAUCAAUACUUUAAGCGCUCUUGAAGGAUAUGUGACUGGUGGUCAAACUCUAAAACUAAGUGGAUAUGGAUUUGAGUCAAAAAAUAUCGACAUUUCUAUUGAUGGUGUUGGAUGCAAGGUAAUAAAUAAUACUGUAGAUGAGGUAUACUGCAUAACUGGCUAAAAUUAAAACCCAUCUACUGAUGCUCAAUACAGUGGAUCUCCUGGUCUUAAAAGAUAGUAUUAUAACACUACUACACCAUUGAAUUACAAUCUUCUCUAAUCAACUACUCCUUAUAUGGUGCUUCCAGCAACAGAGUUUGAGACUCCACUAGGCUAAAGAGAUGGAAAUAGUGCUAACAUAAUUAAGGGAUAUUUUAAGCCUCCUGCUACCGGUAACUACAGAUUUUACUUAUCCUGUGACGAUAAUUGCUUCCUAAAUUUGAGCAGUGUGAACAAAGAUCCAUCAUAAUCAUAGACUAUAAUUAGUUUACCAUAAGUCACUUAUUAUAGAAAUUAUAAAGUUUCUGCUUGGCUAAAUUUGAAAGCUGGAGAAUACUACUAUCUUGAAGGAUAGCACUUAUAAUAUGGAGGAGGUGAUCAUUUCACUGUAUCUUUUGAGACUGAUGCGAAUUCAAUAUAGAAUCAUCAGCAUAGUAUCAGAGAGAUAUAGAGGCUUUAAAUCCUACCAGUUAAUAUCAGAGAUGUUAUCUAAGUUAACCUUACGCAGUUGACUGAUUCCAUAGCAAUAUUCAAUUAUCUAGAGCCUUAUAAGAAUAAAUUAAUUCCAACUGGUGACAUUCCCAUAAAAGGGACAGCUAAUCAAAUCGCUAGUGCAUUAUCAGUCUAUUACAAUUAAAUAUUUAAUGCUCCCGUUUCAGUUGUAAUCACAGAUUUUGACGCUAAUGAUAAUGUCGUAAAUGAUAUCUCUUUAGCAGUAAAAAGAUAACUUAACAUUACUACUCUUAAAGCUAUUUCAACUCCAUCAACAAGAUAUCUAUCAUUUAAGUAGUCUAAGGGAACUAUUAGAUACCCAACUAGUCUUUAACUUUCCAAUGCUCCUUUAAAAGGAAGUUUUAGAAUUAGAUGCAAUUUACAGACAGGUAGAAUUAAUGAGACUAAUUAGAUUCCUGUUUCAUUCAGGCCAAGUCAAAUUUAUGCCCAAAUUAUUACUGCUUGUCCUAACUACAGAGAUAAGAUCGAGAUCUGGGAUGGAGAUUUCAAUAGCGAUUUCUAUUCUGAUGGUAGAGAUAUUAAUAUAAGAUUUACAAGCUACAUUGGCGAUCCUCCUCAAUUUGAACUAAUCUCAGACCCUGAAGUCCCCUUAGAGGGAAACAGCAUUACCAUUAAAUCCACUACUACUAGACCUUAUUCAACUAAUCUCUUCUAUGAACCCAUUCCUUUUGAGUUCCUUAGCUAUCAAGAAACUAAGCCUUCAAUUAGGUUGACAGUUGAUGGAUUACCAGCUGUUUGUAAUACAAAUACUUUAGAUUGUACUUAUGCUUACAUUUAACCAACACCAUUGAUUACAUCCUUCAGUCUUCAAGGAUAAACUCUUACUAUUACUGGAACAGGAUUGACAACUAACUCUGUUAAAACUGUUUCAUUUGGACUACAAGAUUGUAUAACUAAAACAAUCACUGACACUUAGAUUGUUUGUGAUUUAGCUGCUGUAGUAAGCGGUGAUUGGAAACCAGUAGUUAUCGAUUCAAAAGGUAUUAUACCAGGAGAUCCUACUCAAUCCUCUCAUUCAGUUGAUCUGAGAGUAGACAGUGUUAAUCCAUAGACAAUGAUUAAUCCAGAGGGUGAAAACAUACUAACUAUUACUGGCACCAACUUUCCCCCCAAUUUAAAAGACGGAAGCACCAUUGAUAUUACCUUAUCAGAUGGAACUAAGUGCAGGGUUCUUUCAUCUACCUCAACUUAAAUCAAGUGCUUAACAGACAAGUUUACAGGCUCCAGCAUUUCUGUAACAGGCUAAGUGGUUGUAAAUGGUAAGACUGAUAAUAGUCUUAGUUUGACUGUAACUACAGCACCUGCAUUCAUAACUGCUGUUAGUCCAAUGAGAACUUCACCAGUUUUAAAGGCAAAUCUCACAAUUUAAGUUAGUAAUACUUUUAUUGGAACCUUAAAUGCAAAUGACUUAAGAGUUCAAAUAGUAGAUGUCACUAAUUCAUCAAAUAUCAGAAAGCUUAAUGUUAUUACUGUAGACAAUACCCUCAAAACCAUCACUGUCAGGUAUGGUGGAGCAUACUCAGCUAGAUAUCAUGUUGAAGUAAGAUCACUAGCUAUGGGUAAAUUUAACUCAGAUAAUAUAUUUGUUGAUGCUUAUGGUAUAAUCACUGACUUUUCACCUAAGAGUGGUUCUAUAUAUGGAGGUAGUUUAAUUACAGUGACUGGUAGUGUGUUCUCAGAUGAUGGGCUUGAUAAUCCAAUCAGAAUUGGAAAAACUGACUGUAUAGUCUAAACUUCAUCUCCGACAUAGAUUACUUGCAGGUUGAAUCCUAAGAGAGAAGAUGCAGACAACAUUGAUGAUACAAAAGAGGCAUUUUUAGUUUUCCUCAAAACUUCAGAAGAAGCUAAAUGCUAGACUUCUGAUGGAAAAUGUGAGUUCUAAUGGAUCAAGACAGAUCUUCCAACUGCCUUUUCUAAUAUUAUGAUUUACAAUGAAGUUCUAAAUGAUUACGAAUUAGUUAUAUCUGGAAUUAGACUCCCAACUUCUACCUCAGAUGUCAUAUUUAAAAUAGAUGGAAUUCAGUAAUAAAUCUUAUCCUCCUCAGCAGAAGAAAUAAGAGUAAGGAUAUCAGGAAUGAAUGAUUCUACAUCCAGUAAUAUCGAACUCUAUUUCCCUAUUGGUACUCCUGAAGGAUUUUAUAGUGCUUUUGGAAGCGGUUUAUCUCUAAAUCCUACAUUCUUAUCUGUAAAUCCAAAAGUUGGUUCUCCAGCUGGAUCUCUUAUCACAGCGAAUAUCAGAGGAAUAGGAGUUAAUUCAAAGGCUACACUUACUUUACCAAAUGGCUAGGAAAUUUGCAAUUAAGUAAAAAUUACUUCAUAUGGAGUCCUGAAAUGCUGGACUAAGGCCCAAACUGUGAAUGUAGUAGCCUUGACUGCUAAAAUUAACUCUCAGACUUAUUAAUGCCUUGGAGUAAAAGAUUGUAAUUAUCAAACCAUUGAUUCUAUGCCUGCAGUCACCUCAGUAGCAAUAUCCUAAGACUUAUUGUCUCUAAAUAUCAUUGGUACCGAUUUUUUCACAUCUAAUUAUGUUGGAAAGGUUAUUUUUGCUAACGUAGAAGCAACUUCUGUUGUUAUAAUUUCAGAUACUACAAUCACAGCCACAUGGAGUAGUGGUGUUCCAGUUACAUAAAAUUCUCUUAUACCCAUUGUAUGGUUUGAAAGAAUAGAAGAUUCUCAUUGGGCUAUGAUUGCUAAAACUGCUAUAGUAUAAAAUCCAGUUUUAAUUACAUAAUUGGAUUCAAAUUUCGAAUGCUCAUUUGCAGGAGGAUGUGAUGUAUCAAUUUCGCAGACAGGUAUAUUAUCUGCUAUGAAAUCAUCUACAUCUAACUUAACAAUAUGUGGAAUAGAGGCUAAACUUUCACUCUCAUCUACUAAUUCCAAGGCUUAAUUUUCUUUACCAGCUUUAUCAACAACCUAUUCUAUUGAUCACUACAACAUAGCAAAGGAAAAUUAUUUGAAAGGAACUCUUUUCUCAUCAAGCAAUAAUGAACUUCUAACUAGUUAAGCUUUUGACAUGAAUAAUGUCUUGGGAUAUACAGAUACAUCUAAGAAUCCUUGUUUCAUUGGAACUGCUUUUACAGCUGGUCAUAUCGGGUUCUUAUCUGAAGUCAAGUAUUUCAUGAAUAGAUUUAACAGUGUCAACUAUAUAGGUCUUUUAAAUUUCUAAGGAUCUAUGGAUGGCGUCACUUAUACAAAUAUUUUCACUGUCGGAAAUGAAAUUCAUGAAGGUUGGAACUACCACUCUUAUCCAGAGGGUAAAGAAUUAAAAUACAGAUACUAUAGAUUCUAUGGCACAGGAGCUAAGGCAUGUGUUAUUGGUGAAAUUGGCUUUAGAGGAGUUGAAGUUAUUGACAAUAAUCAGAAUUCCUAUUCUUAAUGUCCAGUAUAACUUACCUUAAAUGGGGGAACCCCGAUUAAUCUUGGAGGCUAAAUUACUUACACAUCUACAAAGACACCACUUUUAACUUCAAUUUAUCCAAGAUGGGGAUAAGUGCAAGGUGGUGAGACUAUUACCUUUACUGGCUCAAAUUUCAUUUCUGAUACUUCUAAGAUAUCAAUUAUACUUGAUAAUGUUCUUUGUGUCGUCACAUCUGCAACAUCAACUUAAAUCUAAUGUACAACUGGAAAAAGACCAGGUCUUUAUCCAAGUCCAACUAUUGAAUUUAAUAUCCAAGGUUAUGGGAAUGUAGCAACAUAAGGAUUAAUCUUUAGAUACGUAAAUAGAUGGUCAAAUACUUAAACUUGGGGAGAUGAAUUUAUUCCAAUGGAGAGCGAUACUAUAUAUAUUCCUCCAGGCUUAAACCUUCUAGUUGAUGUUGACUCAACUCCUCUAUUAGCAGCAGUUGUAGUAGAAGGCUCUUUGAUAUUCCCCUCUAAUUCUGAUCCAAAUCACAUUAGAACAUUUGAUGCUCAUUACAUUAUGAUAAGAGGUGGAUAUAUGGAAGUAGGAACUGAGGAAUUCCCCUAUACUUCUAAAUUGAUAAUUACUAUGCACAGCAAUAAGGAAUCUCCAGAGAUUCCUAUUUAUGGUAACAAGGUCAUUGCUGUUAGACACGGAAUACUUGAUUUACAUGGUGUUCCAAGAAAUCCAACUUGGACUGAACUCGAGACUACUGCCUUAGCUGGCUAGGAUUACAUUACUCUUCAUACAAGUGUAGACUGGUAAGUUGGAGAAAAAAUUGUAGUGGCACCAUCAGGCUAUGACAAUGAUGAGGCUGAAGAAAGAUUAAUUUUAUCAAUAGACAGAACAAUUCCAGAUAGGCCAGUCCUCAAGCUUGACCAACCACUUCUUUACAAGCAUUAUGCAGCAAUUGAAACCUAUGGCAAUGAAUUUAUUGAAAUGAGAUCAGAAGUAGCACUUAUAACAAGAAAUGUUAUAUAUAGAGGUGACCCUGAGACUUCAAAGACUAACUAAUUCGGUGCACAUAUCAUGCUUCAUUCACACGGAGAUGAAUCUGUGAUUGGAAGAAUUGAAUACAUAUAGCUAAAUGACGUCGGACAAGCCUUCCAACUUGGAAGAUAUCCAAUACAUUUCCACAUGAUCGGAACAGUCCACAAUUCUUACAUUAAAGGAAACUCAAUUAGUAAUACCUACAAUAGAGCUGUUACUUUCCAUGGUGUACAUUAUCUAAGAGUAACUUAAAAUGUUGCUUACAAUACAAUGGGACAUACUUUCUUCAUUGAGGAUGCAAUUGAAACAAAGAAUUACAUUGAAAAGAAUAUAGCUAUUAAGACUAAAGCAUCAUUCAGUCUCUUAAUUACAGAUUAAACACCGGCUAGCUUUUGGAUUACUAAUCCAGAUAAUAUAUUUAGAGGCAACCAUGCUGCUGGCUCUGAUAGAUAUGGUUAUUGGUUCGAUACUAAGCCAAAUCCUCUUGGACCCUCUUUUACUACUACUGUUUGCCCAGAGAAUUCCUAGCUCGGUGAGUUUAGCAAUAAUGUUGCUCAUUCAAAUGGUAGGUAUGGUGUGAGAAUAUUCCAUAAUUUGAUUCCAAGAUUAAAUCCCUGCUAGAGCCUUUUCUACAAUUCUUCAAAUCCAAGUGAUCCUUAUGCCUCAAAUCCACUAAUUACAGCUAAUUUUAUCAACAUAACUAGCUGGAAGAAUUAAAGGAAUGGAGCCAUUGCUGAGAAAGUAGGAGAUGUUAGAUUUAUUAACUUUAAAGUAGCUGAUAAUCUGCUGGCUGGUAUAGAGUUUUCACUGACUAGUUCAGUCGCUGAUGGCUAUGCUCAAAUUAAUAAUGCUCUUGUAAUUGGUCAUUCUGGUAAUGCAGACUAGAUUACCUUAGAUUCAAACUAGCACGGUAUAAUCACCCCAAGGACAGAAAACUUCCAAGUUCAUAAUGUCUCCUUCUACAAUUUUGACUUGAAUAAUUAAGCUGCUCUAGGAUCAUGCUCUCAUUGUUUCCAUCCAGCUUCUACAGAUUCAGGUGCAAGGACUAUUACAUUUUCAAAAUUAAAGUUUGACCAGACUGUGAAAAACAAGAUCAGAUAUUAGUUCCCAUUCAGAGAUAUAUUCUACGACUUGGAUGGAACUUUGACAAACUUAGGGCCUAAGACCUGGGCAACACCAUACUUUGAGCAUAAUAUGCAGCCUGAAUGCAAAUUAGAUAUGUCAGUGUAUGAUGGAAUUUUGUGUGACAGCACAGUUUAAGUUAGAAGACUAGCCUUGUGGAAUGCUGUUCCAUCCAGAAUCUUUGAAAUAAUGGAAAUGAAAGUACUGAAGUACGAUGACAGUCUAAUACUAUCAAAGAAUGAAACAGAAUUAGGAGACUAUCUUCUAAAUAACUCAGCAUAUGGAUUUGUUCCAUUUAAGCCAAAACUUGACCCCGCAAAUGGAUGGGCUGUGCCAUACGUAACUGGCCACAAGUAUAAAAUUCACUGGAGAUAUGGACUUGAUUUUGAGCAAAUGCAAAUAGAUCUAUCAAGUAGAUGGCUGUCUACUGAUAAAGGAGUCUAUUUCAUAUUCAACUUUACUGAUGUGAGAGCUAAAGUAGAUGUGAUAACUGGAGGAGAUUAUAUCCUGAAUUAAACUCUAACAAGCAAAUCAAAUGCCCUAUGGCAGACUGGUGAUAAUGUGAUAUAUAACGAUACAGCAGUAAGACAGAUCCAUUUGUUUGUAAAUGGAGUUAAUUCAACUAAGAAAAGUAUCAAGUUAAUUGGACACAGAUGUGAUGGAUCUUGUUUAGGAGCAAUUGAAGAUAAGCCUAUAGAGGAUACUGUAAGAAGAUGGUCUGAUCCAAACUCGUGGGAUACAGGUAAAGUACCUGUGAAUAAUGAUACCGUCGUGGUAAAAUCUGGAUGGAACAUGCUCUUUGAUAUUGCUGAAAGUCCCAUUCUAUCUAUGCUCUAAAUUAAUGGAAGAUUGACUUUUGAAAACAAUGUGAAAGAUCUUCACCUUAGAUCAAAGUACAUAUUUGUAAGAGCUGGAGAACUAAUAAUUGGAUCUAAAGAGGAGCCUUUCGUAAAUAACGCUAAGAUCACACUCUAUGGAGAAAAGGUAAACCAACAUAUCGUCUAUGAUAAUGAAAUCGAAGCAGGAAAUAAAAUCCUUGCAAACACCAACAUAAUCUAAAUGUAUGGUAAACCUAGGCCAGCCAGAUUGACUAGACUACUUUAAAGUGCAAAGAAAGGAGAUACUAGCAUUUAUGUGCCUUCAGAAUUAGAUUGGCAAGCAGGUGAUAGAAUAGGCCUAGCACCAACUGGAAUGAACUCUUUAUCUUCUGAUUAUGCUAUUAUAGUAUCCUAUGACAUAAGCUCAGGCUAAGUAUAGCUUGAUAGGGCUUUAAGUUAUUCUCAUUUCGGUGCUUCAACCUCAACUGCGCCUAAGUAUGAUGGCAUUUUAGAUGUUAGAGGAGAAGUGGUAUUACUUUCUAGUAACGUAAAAAUAGUUGGUGAUGAUACUGAGAGCUGGGGAGGCUAAGUAGUCACAAGUGAUUUCGUAGAAGAAAAUGAUGUUUAAAGAGCAGGUUCAACAAUUAUGGAUAAUGUUGAAAUAUACAAUUGCUCAUAGUACGAUACAGAGAAAGCAGCAAUGAGAUUUGAAAUGAGUCUAUAAGGCUACAGUGAAAUAACUAAUAGUGCUAUAUAUCAUGGUUAUGGCUGGGGAGUUGCAUUCCAAGCAGCUGCUAAUGUACUAUUCAAGAAAAACAUUGUAUUUGGAUUCGUCAAAAUGGGACUCAACAUUAAUAGUUGCAAUAAUAUAACUAUUGAUGGCAAUAUUGUGGCUAAUGUUGCUAUUAGGGCUGUAGUCUCACUUGACAUGGCUGUAGAUAUAUGUGCUGGCUUGUCUGCAUGCGCAUAUAUUGAGGGAGAUGUAUGUAGUGACAUUACAGUAGUAAACAAUAUUGUUGCAGGAGUAUUUAACACAGGUUAUGCUACAUUCGGCCAUCGAUGUGGUGACUAUGCUAAUUCUAAAUUUAAACAUAACAUCGCUCAUUCAGUCAAAGGCACAGGUGCUAUUAUAUUCCCAGAUACUUCAGAUUCAGAACAAAAUAAUUGCAUGGAAGGAUCAUACUUCUAUAGCUAUAAAGUUUAACUUGAUGGGGCUAUUUCCUAUUUCAAGUACAAUACUGUCAUCUAUUCAAACAUGGUAUUUGUUGAUAACGGAAUAGGGCCAAGUGUAAUGGUGGGCAAAGAAGGUGAUUAGCUUGAAGCAAAGCUAAAGAAUAUUUCAAUUUUUGGAGAGGGUGAUUCAAAGGACUGCAAUGUUGAAAACUAUUGUAAUUUACCAGCUUCCAUAUCCUCAACUGGUGCUAUUGCAGAUGAAUGCGUAGAUAGAGCAGGCUUAGUAUUAUCAUAUUUCAGUUUAAGCGGAAAGACACCUUUCCCUAAAUCAGCAUCCGCUCUUCCAAUUCAUAAAGUAAAGUCAGAUGCAUCAUGGGGAGGAUAGUCAACCUAUGAUAACUUGAGAUUCUAUGACUAUAAAGGCACUAAGACUUACUGUGGAAAAAAACAAAUGCUGAUAGGCUUGAAUAAAAAUGGUGCAGAUUAUCAUCCAAGAGCUAAAUUCACAAAUACUAGAUUCGAAAACGUACAUUAAGAUACAUUAGCAUAUCUCUUUUCUCCUCCAUUGGGUUGGGCUAACCUUGAUGAUUGUGGUGACUGGCCUUGCACUGCCCCUUCAAAUGCUCUUCUACAAUUCGAUAAUACAGUUUAUGCAGGCACAAUGAGGCCAACUAUCUAGGAGAAGUCAUUUUAAUUAGUUGCUAAUAACCCAAAUGCAGUUUAGAACUAUGACAGCUGUAAGCUAGUGUCAGCAUGGAAUGCUUAUAGAUGCACAAAUGAUAAUCUUGGAGUGCUUCUAUUCGAAUCUUUGGAUGAAGAUAAAUGGAGAAGAAUGGUCUCGCCUAUUUAUCUUAAGAGUAUGACCUUUAACUCUACUAACAAAGUGAACACCUUCAUGGAUCAUAUUUGGGAUGGAUUCUACACUGGUUAAUUAAGAAUGGGUAGAUGGCCUUCAAUUAUUUAAGUUGGAUCAAAUCAAAAAUAUGAAAUAGCUUACUCAGGAACACCACCUCAAGAACAAAAGAUUGUCCUUAAGGCAGACUAUUCAGGAGUUGUCCUAAGAAUAGAUUACACCAAGCCAGGUGCUUACGCAAUCCUAGACAGUAAUAAGAAUCAAAUUGGUGCAAAUAAAUGGGAUGACACCCUAGGAAAACAGGCUCUUGUUAAGAGAACUAAGUGUGGUGAAAACAGAUAUGAAGGAGUAGUUAACAUCUUAGAAUUCUAUAUCACAGCAGGAUGCACACUAUACAUAAAACCUCUUGAUUCUAUUAGAGUAAACGUCAGACUUGACUGGACCUUAGAGUAAUUCUUCGCUGACGGUGGAACAACAAAAUUUAUUGACAGACUAACUGCAUCUCUUGGAAUUCAUGCCUCUAACGUAAAAAUUGUUAGUGUCUAUAGAGGUUCCGUUAUCAUCGAUUUCUUAAUAGCUAAUAAUUAUGAACCAAAUACUCAAAUAUUGGGAGGUUUAACAGCUGUAUAGACUAAGCUACAAAAUCUUAUUAAGAAUAAACUAAUUAACCUUGGAGCACCAAUUCUAAGCUCGACUAUUAAUACAAUAUAAAUUAUCAAUGAUUAAACAAAUAACAAUAAUAACAACAACAAUAAUUAAAACACGGGGAAUAACUCAACUCCAAAUAUUAGCCAAGGCACUUAUCAAAACGGCACUAAGAUUAUUAUAAUUGAGGAAUCAUCAUCGAAUCAAGCAGACUAGACAAAGUUAAUCAUCAUAAUUGGCGUGAUAAUUGGAGUUAUAAUCAUUGGUGGAAUAGCCUCAUACUUUAUUUAUCGCAGAAUAAAGGCUAAGCAAGAUCUAAAGGUUGUUGAGAGGACUAAUGAGUAUAUCCAGAAUAGCAGUAGUGAUUAAACUCAUGGUAACGCUGCUUCUCAACAAGAUAUGAUACACUUAGAAUCUCAGUAUCAUCCAAAGGUUGACAUUGAGAAUCUAUAUGGCAUAGUUAAUAAUUAAAAGAUGAAUAAGAUCAACGAUGAUAAUGAAGUAAGCUUAUAGAUAGAAAAUAAUGAUACUUAAAACGAGGAUGAACAAUAUGUUGAUACCAAUCAAAGCAAUAUCAUGCAAAAUCAUAACACAGUUUAGGAAGGAACUCCUCUUCAUGAUGUUCAAGAUCCAGAAAUCAGAAUUAAAAAGAAUACUCCAAAAAACCUUGAUCAUAUUAGAAACGGAGUGUAGUGA